GCGCACUUCGCGGCGGUUCACAAGGUGUUCGGAGCGAGCAAUGUCUCCAAACUCCUCCUCCAUAUUCCCGAGCAUAAACGACCAGACGCCGUCGUUUCAAUCUGUUUUGAGGCUCAGGCUCGUCUCAGAGACCCUAUUUACGGCUGCGUCGCUCACAUCGUCUCUCUUCAGCAACAGGUGGUAAGUUUGCAAACUGAGCUUUCAUAUCUGCAAGCACACUUAGCAACUCUAGAGCUGCCACAACCUCAACCACCAAUGGCUCCGGUGUCAUCUUCUGGAUCUCUCCAGGCUCUUUCCAUAACGGACCUCCCGACGAUAUCGCCGUCCCUCUACGACCUCUCCUCCUUUUUCGAGCCGGUCAUGUCCUCCACAUGGGCAAUGCAGCAACAAACACGACCGUCUGAUCAUGUCUUCGGCGUCCCGUCAUCGUCCAGCAUCAUCGGCGGAGGUGGUGAGAUCCAAGCACUGGCGCCUGAGUUUAUUCACGGUGGACAAAUGCCGGCUCAGCCAUCGCUGGGAACCAGUGGUUCUGCCUCAACAGUGAUAAAACGAGAAUGAUGUUAUUUUUACAAAUGUUUGUUUAUUUGGACGUUUUUUAAGAGAUCUAUAGUUAGCUAGCCAUACGUUUCUCCUUGUAAUAUAUUUAUAUAUUUGUUCGAAUUCGUAUUUAAAUU